UACGUGAUGACGUUGUGGAGGCUCAGCUAUGAUGGCAGCCGUAGGUUGACAUCAAAACGAUACAGAAUAUUAAGUAUCUCAAAGUUAGCGGAAAAGCCCCGACACAAUAACACAGAACACAUUAACAUUUUUCAGAUAGCACACGCUUUAACACACACCUGCCCGGUUAGGGGAACGUGGCACUAUGCCCGCAGCCACUGUGGAUCACAGCCAAAGAAUAUGUGAGGUUUGGUCCAACAACCUGGAGGAGGAGCUGAAGAGGAUCCGACAGGUCAUCCGAAAAUACAACUAUAUCGCAAUGGACACGGAGUUUCCGGGCGUUGUCGCCAGACCCAUUGGGGAGUUCAGGAGCAACGCUGACUACCAGUACCAGUUGCUGCGCUGCAACGUGGAUCUGCUGAAGAUAAUACAGCUGGGCCUCACGUUCAUGAACGAGCAGGGAGAAUAUCCUCCAGGAACGUCAACGUGGCAGUUCAACUUUAAGUUCAACCUCACAGAAGAUAUGUAUGCACAGGACUCCAUUGAGCUUCUGACCACUUCAGGGAUUCAGUUCAAGAAGCACGAGGAGGAAGGCAUCGAGACGCUGUACUUCGCAGAGCUGCUGAUGACGUCCGGAGUGGUGCUGUGCGACGGCGUCAAGUGGCUGUCUUUUCACAGCGGCUACGACUUUGGAUACCUGAUCAAGAUCCUGUCUAACGCCAACCUACCUGAGGAGGAGGUGGACUUCUUCGAGAUUCUCCGCUUGUACUUCCCGGUCAUUUAUGAUGUCAAGUACCUCAUGAAGAGCUGCAAGAACCUGAAGGGCGGGCUGCAGGAAGUAGCUGAGCAGCUGGAGCUGGAGAGGAUUGGACCGCAGCACCAGGCCGGCUCGGACUCUCUACUCACCGGCAUGGCGUUCUUCAAAAUGAGAGAGAUGUUCUUCGAGGAUCACAUCGACGAUGCGAAGUACUGCGGCCACCUGUACGGUCUGGGCUCAGGCUCCGCCUACGUGCAGAACGGAACGGGAAACGCCUACGAAGAGGAAGCCAACAAGCAGCAGUCGUGACAUCGCCGGAGUCUCCCACCGUCCCACAGUCCGGCCCGGCUCCGAGGCGGCGAGCCGGUUCCACCACGAUAACGGAGGAACAAAAACACCGACGUACAUUCGCGUUAUUUAGCUGUCUUUUUUUUGUUUGUUUUUUGUCGUAUUCCCAUCGGCCGCGCCUAUCUCAGACGAGCAGAAAAGAAGCGAGCCGCAUGCGCGCGAGUUUGGCCUUUUGUCCCUUGCGAGGCGGCGCCAAGACGACGCUCGGCUCGGUUCGGUUUGAACAUGCCUGAAAAGAUGGGAUUUUAGUUUUCCCUCAAGUGUUCUGCAGACAUGUUUUUUUGCACUUUACGAAAGAAAAAAAAAAGCAAGAAAAGAACAAAAGAAGAAGAAGCUCUAACCCUAAUUUUAUUCGGAAUGCUGAACACGUUUGCGGUGCGUCUCCGUUUCCUCCUCUCCGUUGCCUUCCGUGUUCCUGUUUUUUUGUGUGUUUUUUUACAUCGCGAACAUGUCAACUCUCCCACCGCCGCGAAAGCAGCUUUGGCCUUAACACGCUCGGCCUUAACACUAGCUGCAUUCUUCUCUUUUUAAACCUUUUAAUUUAUUGUGCCGGUUACGUUGACUAGUGACCCUUUUCAACACUAAACAACAAAAAAUAAAAUCCGGACGGAUCGAGACGGAAGUCCUCACCGAGUGUGUGUUCGCCGACACUUGAAUCUUUUGUUCUUGAUUUGUUCACGAGACGAGAAUGUUUGUAUCGACCUGAAUAAGCUCUGAUUUCACUGUGAGAAACGUCUCCUCCUCAUCCAAUCAUUUCUGUCUUUUUUUUUUCUUGUCGUACGAAUAGGAUGUAUCCAGAUGCUUUUCACCAGGAGGAAUGCGUGUCAUUUUGUGCGUUUGCGCGUGUCUGUGUCUGUAAACGCUCCCGCUGACAGACGCACACAUAGUCAGAUGCAUGAGCUCUGUAUAAUCAACCAGUGACACAAGCAGCUUUUCCCAUUAAACAAACCCAGUAGGACAUGCUGACAUCAACCUGAACUACUCUGCUCAAGAGUUCCUUUUUCUUUUAUUGUUUUAACGGAAUAAAAGGGAGGGGAGAAAAAAAAAAGCCCUUUUCUUCGUAGUUAACACCACUCGAGUUGUGGAAUGCCUCCUUCCUGUAACGUCGUCCGGUUUCGGGCGCAGAGCGGACCGCAUGCGUUUCAAAACGUCGGACUCGAAGCGGACUUGUUGAUCGGUUCCCACAUCCCGCUUCUAGGCGUGUUAAGGUCGUAGGUUAGCAGCUUCUUAUUGACCUCUGCCUCCGAACGUGACGUGCGCUUCCUUUCUUUUUUUCUGCAGCUCAUCUCUCACACUGUAAAGAAAAAAAACAACAAUAUGCAACAUAAAGAGAGGAAUGUUUUUAGACGUUUUUUUGUAAAUAAAGGCUUGAAAUUUUUCUACCGGAAAAAGAAAAAAAGUUCUCGGCAGUGAAAUCUUUUGGUCAUCUAAAUAAACCGCUGGAAAGUU